CUGCCUCGGAGUGAGUCUGUGUGUGUUGGCUCUGAGUGAGUCUGUGUGUACUGCCUCUGAGUGAGUCUGUGUGUACUGCCUCGGAGUGAGUCUGUGCGUGCUGGCUCAGAGUGAGGAGGAUGUGGGAGCUGCUGGGCUCCCUGCUGCUGCUGCUGUGCGCCGCGUGCUGCUCCCUGUGGGUGCUGCGGCGGCGCACGCGCCCCGCACUCGACGCCUUCCCGGGACCGCCCGCGCACUGGCUCUACGGGCACACGCACCUGCUUCCAGAUGACGAGCAGUGGCUGCGGAAUCUUUUGAAGCUGUUCCGCGAGUAUCGCUACGUGUUUCCCAUGUGGCUUGGUCCGUUCAUAGCAACAUUGCAAAUCAGUCACCCGGACUAUGCCAAAGCCAUCAUCAGCACUGCAGAACCGAAAACAGACCUCGGAUAUGUAUUCAUCAUUCCAUGGAUCGGAUUGAGUCUCCUCACCUCAUCUGGUCCAAGGUGGUUCCGGAGUCGCCGCAUGCUCAGCCCCGGCUUCCACAUGGAGAUUUUGAAGCCCUACGUGUCUCUCAUGGUGGAGAGCACCCAAGUGCUCAUCGACAAAUGGGAGAAGAGGAUCAAGACGGAGAACUUGUUCGACGUGUUUGAGGACAUCAGCCUCAUGAUGCUGGACAGCAUCAUGAAGUGUGCCUUCAGCUACCGCAGCAGCUGCCAGACGGACAGUGACAACUCCUACGUGUCGGCGGUGUUUGAUCUCACGGAAAUUAUGCACCGUCGGACCCAGAUCUUCCCGUACCACUUUGAUGUCAUCUUCAACCUGAGUCCACUGGGAUUUCGCUUUCGCAAGGCGUGCAACGUCGCACACGAACACACGGCUAAAGUGAUCAAAGAACGCAAGGAGGUCUUGCUUGGGGAAGAGGAACUGGAGAAGAUCAAAGCAAAGCGGUACCUUGACUUCCUCGACAUCUUACUCAGCGUGCGGGAUGACAAGGGCAAUGGGCUGGCCGAGGAGGACAUACAGGCCGAGGUGGAUACCUUCAUGUUUGAAGGCCAUGACACUACAGCCAGUGGCCUGGCCUGGGCCCUAAAUGCCAUGGCUCACAACCCUCACCACCAGGAUGCUUGCCGUGCCGAGGUCACAAGCCUGCUUGCAGGCCGAACCUUCCUCACCUGGGACGACCUUUCCCAGCUGUCCUACACCACCAUGUGCAUCAAGGAAUCGCUGCGCCUGCAGGCCGCGGUGCCCGCGAUCUCCAGGAAGAUGAGCAAACCAAUUACCUUGUGCGAUGGGCGCGUCAUCCCCACAGGAACUCGAGUUUUCAUCAACAUCUACUGCUUGCACAGAAACCCAGAGUUCUGGAAGGACCCAGAGGUUUAUGACCCUCUGAGAUUUUCUCCUGAAAACGCAGCCAAUCGCCACCCCUACGCGUUCAUCCCCUUCUCAGCCGGGCCCCGCAACUGCAUUGGGCAGCACUUUGCCAUGAACGAGCUGCGCGUGACGCUCGCCCUGAUCCUCUCGCGGUUCCGCGUGCUGCCGGGCCCCGUGGAGGCGCUGCCCGUGCCGCGCAUCGUCACCCGCUCCACCACGGGCUUCCAGCUGCAGCUCGAGAGAAUCUCGCCACUCGCCGUGUAGCAGCGGCGCGCUCCGUCCCCAUCUCACAUCACACCUAGCGCAGAGCUCUCUCCCUGUUUCUCACUCCCACAUUCACUCUCUGCGGAACUCUCUUCCCAUCUGACACUCACUGUGGAACUCUCUCCCCUUCUUACACACUCAUUGUGGAACUCUCUCCCCAUUUCACACACUUACUGUGGAAGUCCCUGUCAUACACUCGGGUAAGAUUGAUGAUGUGACGUCUUUUUUUCGAUAGUUCACACACGUGCCAUACUCGUGCAACACUCUAGGUUCUAGUGACUGAUGGUAUUAGAUAACUCGUGUUGUGUGGUAUGAGAGAUGGCGACAGCUUGGGAAAGCCUUUAUCCAACAGUGGAUAGAUAUAUUGUGUAUGAUUAGCAAUGUGUUGUCUUUAUAGUCCUGCAUGAGUAAAAUCAUUAAAAAUAAACCAUGCUCUCAAACUAUAAUCGUACUUUAUUAUGCCAAAUAUCGACCUUCAUAACAAAAUACAUUUUAAAAACAAACAAAAUACAAUAAGCGUCACAUUUAAAAAUACCCUCGGACAAAGCACCUUGAAAGUGUGUGAUAACAGCAGGUGUCAAACACUGCAUGUGCAUGUUUAUCCUGUAUCCUGCCUGUCUGGACUACAGCAGCACAUCACCCUUGUGUACGAUAAGUCACUAUUGUGGCUAAAGUCAUGCUUUUGCAUCAUAUGCUACAGGAGUAUUGUGGGGUUUUUUUUUGUUACACCUGCUUGCGAGUCCAGACCUCUCUAGAGAAAGAGUUGCUCGCAAACCAGGAUAUCAAAACGCAACUGUGACCAAACGAGGCAAAACAUCUGAGAAGUGUUUGAGUGGCUCAGGCGGCUAAUGGGACUUUGCCGAGUGAUCCAGACUCGGCGUUGUCAACAAACUAAGUAUUGCCAUUGAUUUUGGGCUUAAAUUAUUCUUGUGCAGCUACUAGAGCUAGUUUCAUAUUAUAACCCAAACUAUCCUCACCAUCUCUCUUCCUCUGCAAAGUCAAACUCCUCCAGAAAUUCCGAUUGCAAGCCAAGGCAUGGGUACAAAUAAAUGGUCGAG